UUCUCCGGGGCAGAACACGCACGCACACAUAUGCACAAAUACACGCGCGCGCGCGCGCGCGAUCUCACACAGGGGCGCAGACAUUAGCCUGGCUAGGCUCAGCCGCGCCCCCACCCUGCCAAACUGUGUGAUCAGCACACAAGGGAAAGCGCCAUCCACCCACGUGCUGGGGGCGGGGUCCCAGCAGCCCACAACACCUCCAGAAGGGUCCUGUCGAGACACCUAGCAGGAGUGGGGUGGGGUGGGGAUAGAGUAUUUGGGUACCUCUGCAGGAAGCACCGCAGGACCCCGACGCCAUGUUCCCGGAACCCCCGACCCUGGGGUCUCCAGCGCCUAAGACACCUCCAGACUCCAGCCGCAUCAGGCAGGGCGCAGUGCCUGCCUGGGUCCUGGCUACCAUCGUGCUGGGCUCGGGCCUCCUGGUCUUCAGCAGUUGUUUCUGUCUCUACCGGAAGCGCUGUCGGAGACGGAUGGGCAAAAAGAGUCAGGCCCAAGCCCAAGUCCAUCUUCAGGAAGUGAAGGAGCUGGGCCGGAGUUACAUAGAUAAGGUUCAGCCUGAAAUAGAGGAGCUGGACCGGUCACCAUCCAUGCCUGGACAGCAGGUAUCAGACAAACACCAGCUAGGCCGACUGCAGUAUUCACUGGACUAUGACUUCCAGACUGGCCAGCUCCUGGUGGGCAUCUUGCAAGCUCAGGGACUGGCUGCGUUGGACCUAGGAGGUUCCUCAGAUCCCUAUGUUAGUGUCUAUCUGCUGCCAGACAAGCGGAGGCGACAUGAGACCAAGGUGCAUCGGCAGACCCUGAAUCCACACUUUGGAGAGACAUUUGCCUUCAAGGUCCCAUACGUGGAACUAGGGGGCAGAGUGCUGGUCAUGGCGGUGUAUGACUUUGAUCGGUUCUCCCGCAACGAUGCCAUCGGGGAGGUGCGGGUGCCUAUGAGUUCAGUGAACCUGGGGCGGCCGGUGCAGGCCUGGAGAGAGCUGCAGGUGGCUCCCAAAGAGGAGCAAGAGAAACUGGGGGACAUCUGCUUCUCUCUCCGUUAUGUCCCCACGGCCGGGAAGCUCACCGUCAUUGUCUUGGAAGCUAAAAACCUGAAGAAAAUGGAUGUAGGAGGACUCUCAGAUCCCUAUGUGAAGGUGCACCUGCUCCAGGGAGGUAAAAAGGUUCGCAAGAAGAAAACCACCAUUAAGAAGAACACCCUGAACCCCUAUUACAACGAGGCCUUCAGCUUUGAGGUGCCCUGUGACCAGGUGCAGAAAGUCCAGGUGGAGCUGACUGUUCUGGAUUAUGACAAACUGGGGAAGAAUGAGGCCAUCGGGAGAGUGGCGGUGGGCGCAGCAGUCGGUGGGGCUGGCCUGCGGCACUGGGCUGACAUGUUGGCCAACCCCAGGCGCCCCAUUGCCCAGUGGCACUCUCUGCGGCCCCCUGACAGAGCCAGGCCAAUACCAGCACCCUGAUUUCCAUCAAGCAAGCACCUGACCCCAGAUCCCUUGCUCCUAGACCCUUAUCCCUCUCCCUGCUCCCCAAACAUUGCAUUCAUUCCUACUUCCACAUUGGAAAUGUUUCCAAGUUCCAUCCAAUACCACUCCUAUACCCAGAAACCACAGUGAGCCUGCGGGGAGGUGGGAGAGCCGGGAAAGUCUGGUAUCCCCUGCCCCAGGGUCCUACCCUCUGCUUUGACAAUCAGCUGUGAAGCCUCUGAUUUCCUUUUUCCCAGUCUCUUACCUCUUCCCACACAGCUUGACUCCUAUGCUGCUCUUGGGGCCAAAUAAAAUACUCAAUAGCUUAGA